GAGGCGGCGGGCGCGGGGCGCGCUCUGAGGCCCGGGGGAUGCGCGGCCUCCACGACCAUGGGUGCCGCCGCCUCCAGGAGGAGGGCGCUGAGGAGCGAGGCCAUGUCCUCGGUGGCGGCCAAAGUGCGAGCAGCUCGAGCGUUUGGAGAGUACCUGUCCCAGAGUCACCCUGAGAAUAGCAACGGUGCAGACCACCUGCUGGCUGACGCCUACUCUGGCCACGACGGGUCCCCCGAGAUGCAGCCCGCCCCCCAGAACAAGCGCCGCCUCUCCCUUGUCUCCAAUGGCCGCUAUGAGGGCAGCCUCUCCGAUGAGGCCAUCAGUGGGAAACCGGCUACAGAGGGACCCCAGCCCCGAGUGUACACCAUCUCGGGAGAGCCAGCCCUGCUGCCCAGUCCUGAAGCUGAGGCCAUCGAGCUAGCGGUGGUAAAGGGGCGGCGGCAGAGGGAGAGGCAUGUUCACCACCACAGCCAGCCCCUGCGUGCCAGCCCAGGCAGCAGCCGUGAAGACAUCAGCAGGCCCUGCCAGAGUUGGGCAGGUAGCCGCCAGGGCUCCAAGGAAUGCCCUGGAUGUGCCCAGCUGGCCCCUGGGCCCUCCCCUCGGGCCUUUGGGCUGGAACAGCCGCCUCUACCUGAGGCCUCUGGACACCGCAAGAAGCUGGAAAGGAUGUACAGCGUUGAUCGAGUGUCUGAUGACGUCCCCAUCCGCACCUGGUUCCCCAAGGAGAACCUUUUCAGCUUCCAAACAGCUACCACAACUAUGCAAGCCAUCUCGGUGUUCAGGGGCUACGCGGAGAGGAAGCGCCGGAAACGGGAGAAUGAUUCCGCGUCUGUAAUCCAGAGGAACUUCCGCAAACAUCUGCGCAUGGUUGGCAGCCGGCGGGUGAAGGCCCAGACGUUUGCUGAGCGGCGUGAGCGGAGCUUCAGCCGGUCCUGGAGCGACCCCACCCCCAUGAAAGCCGACACCUCCCACGACUCCCGAGACAGCAGUGACCUACAGAGCUCGCACUGCACGCUGGAUGAGGUUUGUGAGGACCUGGACUGGGACACAGAGAAGGGCCUGGAGGCGGUGGCCUGUGACGCUGAGGGCUUCUUGCCACCCAAGGUCAUGCUGAUCUCCUCCAAGGUGCCGAAAGCUGAGUACAUCCCCACCAUCAUCCGCAGGGACGACCCAUCCAUCAUCCCCAUCCUCUAUGACCAUGAGCAUGCAACAUUUGAGGACAUCCUGGAGGAGAUCGAGAAGAAACUGAAUAUCUAUCACAAGGGGGCCAAGAUCUGGAAGAUGCUGAUUUUCUGCCAGGGUGGUCCUGGACAUCUUUAUUUGCUCAAGAACAAGGUGGCCACCUUUGCCAAAGUGGAGAAGGAAGAGGACAUGAUCCACUUCUGGAAGAGGUUGAGCCGCCUAAUGAGCAAAGUAAACCCAGAGCCGAAUGUCAUCCACAUUAUGGGCUGCUACAUUCUGGGGAACCCCAAUGGGGAGAAGCUGUUCCAGAACCUCAGGACCCUCAUGACUCCUUACAGGGUUACCUUUGAGUCACCCCUGGAGCUAUCUGCUCAAGGGAAGCAGAUGAUCGAGACCUACUUUGACUUCCGGCUGUACCGCCUGUGGAAGAGCCGCCAGCACUCGAAGCUGCUGGACUUUGACGACGUCCUGUGAGGGGCAUGGGCCACGCCCAGUCACCACCAGGCCACUUCCUCUGGACCAGGAACCUGGGGCUGGGCUGCCUCUUGCACCCAGGACCACAUGGCCCUGGUCUUGCCCACAGCCACUUCAGGGACCCUCAGACGUUGCUCAGGUUCUCGUGGGGUCUGGUCCUCGCUGCACCCACGGGCCACAGAGGCCACAGUCCUGGGGGCCUGGGAGGAGCCUCGCCCCAUAGCCAGUGGACUCUUGGCGGCCAGGCACUGACCUGCCAUGCCUCGCCUGGAGGCUGCAGCGUUGGGAAUCCCCUCCACGGGGUUCAUAGAAAUAAGUGCAAUUUUUUUACACCCCUGAAACAAUUUGAAGGGAAGCAGCAUUACUAGUUGACUAGUUAAGCACUAUGCUACUAGUUACAGUGUAGACAACCUGGCCCAGUGUAUGUUCAGGUCCUUCUGUCCCCCAGCCCCUCAGCCCUGCCGUAUUUGAUCACCAGCACCAGGGUGGCCUGUCUGUGUGGGGCCGGAGCUGCCAGACUGCCUAGCCUGGCCCAGUCUGCACCGGCCAAAUCUGUCAGCUUUUACCCCUCUUGCCACCCCUUGCUCACUCUGACCUCAGCCUGGCAAGGGGCAACCUGGGCAGCAGGAGGGAAGGGCCUAGCCUUCCCUCCCAGAAGAGGCGCUGGGUUGCCAUCUGCUCCCCACCUCUCCAAGCCUACCCGUCUCCCUUACUGCUGUUGAGUUCAGCUUUUGCCAGCCUCAACCUGGAGGCAGUGUCCCAGCGCAGAGGCCUAGGGGCUUGGCGGGGGGAAGGGGGG